AGGUUUUUUAUUGUGAAGGGAGCCCCCGCGUCUGGUCUUUGCCAGAGUAUAAAAACCUGCGCCGGGCGCUGACGGGACCAGCACGAGCCAGCCUCCUCUCACGGCACUGCAAGCUGUACUGACGCAGACUCUCCUGAAGCCCCUCGCCAUGUCCCAGACCGCCAAGUCCGCCUCCAGCCAGGGCACUGAUGCCAAGGACAAGGGGGCCCCCCAUCCAGCCGCCACCAGCAAGGCCAACAAGACCGGAGACCCCGGCAUGGGAUCCUACAGAAUCAUGCUGUUCGACCAGGAGAACUUCCAGGGCAGGAUGAUGGAGGUGCAGAACGAGUGCAUGAACGUGUGCGACCGUGGCAUGGACCGAGUGCGCAGUCUGAUUGUGGAGUGCGGCCCCUUUGUUGCCUUUGAGCAGACUAACUUCCGUGGGGAGAUGUUCAUCCUGGAGAAGGGAGAGUAUCCUCGCUGGGACACCUGGAGCAACUCCUACCGCAGCGACUGCCUCAUGUCCCUCAGGCCCAUCCGCAUGGACAGCAUGGAGCACAAGAUCUGCCUGUUCGAGCACUCCGACUUCAAGGGCAACAAGAUGGAGAUCCAGGAGGAUGACGUGCCCACCCUGUGGGCGCACGGCUUCUGCGACAGAGUGGGCAGCGUGAGGGUGCCGGGAGGAUCGUGGGUGGGUUACCAGUACCCCGGUUACAGAGGUUACCAGUACCUGUUCGAGUGCGGCGACUACAGGCACUACAACGACUUCUGCGCCUUCCAGCCUCAGAUCCAGUCCAUGCGCCGCAUCAGGGACAUGCAGUUCCACCAGAGAGGCUGCUUCACCUUCACCACCGCCAGCAAGUGAUCGCCCGCUGCUGACGCCGCCGCCGCCCUCUCAGCCUUUUACCUCUCCAGAUGACCCCCUCCCCACAUCCUCCUGCCCCCUCCUGGAAGCCUUCCAUCACUGCUCCAUCCCGAAGGAAAGACAACAUGAGAGCAAACACUGGACAACUUUAAGUGACUUUUUAUGGUGCUAAAAAUAAACAUGUUGUGAAAAACCUGAA